CUCUGUGAUGUCGAACCCGGUGAGCAUUGUUGACGCACACAUGACAUUUCUGAGCGUCAAAAAGCAGGAAAAACUGGUUUGAAGACAUUCUCUCUUCUCGGUUUCAGUCGUCUCUCCCAUAAUAAGAACAUGCUGCUUAGCUUUUAUCGCUAUUAGAAGAUAAUGGAGACCUAUAGGAGAGGUUCACAAGUAAGUUUACGCACACUCAAUGACCUCAUGGAAUCUCCUCUCACCACUGAGGAAAUGCACAAACGAUUAAAUGACGACAAGGAUUCGAUUUCAAGACGGGACAAUAACAUGGACAAAGAGUCUACCAGCUCACCUCUGUCCACACUGGAUGAGUUACAAGAACAGCUGGUAGUGGACCAUGAAGGCAACAGCAAUGAUACAGUUGAGACAGGUCAAACUGAGCAUUCUGACCCGGACGGGGCCCCCAAGCCCCCUCGGUCAUACAUAGAUGAAGGGUUACCGGAUCUGCUCCGGAGUGGAAGCCCACUUCGCAGACGAGUGUCCAGCCCGGUGUCUGCCACGCUGAAACAUGUGAAAAGGGAGGUGGCAUUAUCUCGGCAGCGCAGUCUGAGGCUCAAGGCUCAGGUGGAUAGACUGGAACAACAAAACGAAAGCGGACCUGGCUGGAGUGAAAACAGACAGCGGGUGGCAGAGGAGGUUCAGUCUGUUGUAAAGCUGCUACUUCCUCUGACAGACUUGGAAGCAGCAGAAGUCAAUCAGCCGUCCCAGGCCAACACUUUAGACACCGCAUUGCUUCAGCUGAAGAAGGUGGCCCGCAGUCUCGCCCUUAAAAACAACUCUCAGGGAAAGGAGAGGUCUGGGGAAGAUGCUGCCAUUUUACAGCAAGCUCUGUGGGACAGAGAUGAAGCCGUUGCAAAAAAACAUGCAAUGGAGACUGAGCUAUUGAGAAGCAAGAACGAAAUGAUGACACUAAACAACCAACUUCUGGAAGCUGUUCAGAGUCGACUAGAACUGUCCAUUGAGCUGGAGGCCUGGAAAGAUGACGUACAGACCAUUCUUCAUCACCAGCUCCUCAAACAGCAGCAGGAAGAACAGGCCCAGAAGAAGCCUAAAGGGUUCUCUGUUUUGCGGCGCUCAAAUAAGCCCCUCCCUCAAAAACCUGAUUAUUCCACCCUGGCGCACACACCUGUGUCGACCCCCCAGUCACCUGCAGCAACUCAGAGAUGGAAAGACAAGUUCAGACGCGGAAAAAUCGCUACACAGGGACCUGAGUCUCAGCCACAAAUGAGCGACAAAGAGGACAAUUUUCAAACGAUUUCUUUGGACUGACGAGGCAGUUUCAGUGACACGUAACUUAUGGAUGAUCUCACAUCUCAUUGAUUGUUCGCUGAUUUAGAUCAUAUUGCCACACCACAGUGAGAUGACAAUCUUAAGGAUGUAAAUAAUAUUACGAAUAAUGUUAUGACGCAUUAAACUGGAUGUGCUUUUCUCUGUAGAGGUGAUGUUAACUGUGACUGAGAAUAUGAGGAGGUUUUGAAUGACAUGAUAUCUGGUCUAUUGUUAAGAAAAGGGAAUAAAGGUGACAGAGAAAACAAUACAACAUUAUUCGAGGCUGAUUUAUAAGGCUCUUUGGAAUAAUUCUUUCAGGAACAUACACCAUUUUUCCUCUUUAAAAAAAAGACUUUAUUAAUUAUUAAUCCACAUUGGGUUAAAUUAUGCUCCAAGGCCAUUUUGUGGUGGUUUCUGAAAGUGAUCACUGUGCAUUACUAUAUUCAUUCUAUGAUUUUUGAGUAAUCAUUCAAAGAUACUGAUUUGGGGCUCAAUAA